UACCCUUUCAUAUCAUAUGCGGGCUUCAGACCUUGUAUGGUUGCCAGACCUAUGAUUCAGUGAAUUUUUAACGGGUUUCUCCGUGAUAACAUCUUGCAUUACUUGUUUGAAAGAGGCUACAAGGGAGAAAGAAAGAACACAUCAAUCAUGAAAUUCUUCAUAUAAACAAAUACAUGUAUGAUGGAAGAUGCAAGACCCGAUCACAUCAAGGAGGUCAACAUCACCUCCUCAUUUAAGGGACCUCCAGGAAGGUUAGAAUGCAACCCAAACGACAAAGACACCAACGCUGAUCAACCAUCCCCUGAUGACCCAACCUCUGGCCCUGGACCAACAACUACAUCAUCAUCAUCAUCCAUUGGUACCCUCUCAGAAGAAUUUGAACAUCUCUCAGCGCAUCUGAUGAGCAAUCACGGAGACCCGGUAAACACUUCAUUGCGACAUGAUGUUCUUCCUGAUCGUCCUGAGGUAUCCAUGCAGAUUCAUAAUGUUGAACUUGCGCUGCAGAGUUUAUCCAAAGGCAAUGUGGCCACUGAGAUCACGGCUCACCUGACAGAACUUGUGCCGAAGAUUAUCCGUUUGGAGCGCAAGGUCAAAACACAGACGAUUUUACGUGGGAUCUUUGAAGAGGAGAACCAAAAUCUCAAGAGUGAGGUUGAGUUGAUUAAAGAAGAGCGAGAUAACAUCAAAGAAGAGAACAGGAAGUUACUGGAGGAAGUAGCGGAGUUGAAACGGGCUAAGGAAGAUGAACAUCUUGGAGGAUUUGACUAUGUUACCAAGAAAGAGGCUUGUGAGAUCAAAUAUGCUGAGAAAAAGGAAAAAGAGAAACACCGUAGUGUACAAGGCCCAGCAGGAGUCAGCGAAGAAGAUCACUCAAUCCUGCAGCGGAAAUAUGCCUCCCUCAAAGGACAGAUUGAAGAGAUUGUGAAAGUGAAUCAUUCUUGGGAUGAGCAUUACAGAACCAUGAAAGCUCAGCUAGAGGCCCGUAUCAACAUCCUCCAAAAAGAACUGGAUGAUGCAAAGAAUCAGAUAUUGAUGCUGGAGAAAGAACAGAAAGUUGGAGAUGACAUGAUGGUACACGAAAAGGCAAGGAUCGAGAAAGCUGAGAAAGAGCAUGCAGGAGCACUAGCAGAAGCUGUUGCCAUCAAUCAGAAAUGUGAGAAGCUAGAACGCUAUGCUCGCACACUGACUGGCCAACGUAAUGAGAUGGAAAGAGAGAUCAAACGCUUGAAUGAGGCCCUUGCCAAGAAAAUCAGAAACAGUGAAGAAGAGUCAGCAGGAAUCUACUCUGAACAACAAAGAGAACAGCGUGCCUCUUCCCCAUCAGCCAGUCAUCAGCAGGGACAGCAUGACCAGACUCGUCUAAUUGGACAUCAAAAGGGAGUUCAUGAAAUGACAGAAGCUGAGAUGAAAGAGGAGAUUGAGCUGCUGAGACAACAGAAUGAAGUUUUCCAGUCAGACUUCACUCAUGAGCGUCAGGACCGGCAGCGUGUAAUAGGGGAACUUGAUGUCAUGCAAAAAGAGCUCCGUCGAACCAAGAAACUCCUCAAGCAAUGUGGGCAAGAGGUAGUGUACCAGGAUCCAACACUGACUCACCUGCAACGUGAUCGUCAUCACUAUUCAGCUUCGGCCCCUCCACAUGACUAUGGCUAUGUUGUCUAUCAACAACCCCCAGCUAGACACAACCGACCAGUGUACCCACAGGAGUCCGGUCGGCUGAUUCCUCAUGGCCAAGGCAGACGAACCUACAACCUAGCUGCCAAUGAUGUUUACAUUGAUGGUGAUGAUGUUGAGAUGGAUGGCGGGCCAAGAGUUAGUGUGGAAUUCAAUGAAGCAUUCAGUGAUGCUAACCCAACUGAGAAUGACCAGAACAACCGGAUCUGCCCAAGAUGUGAAAGGACUUUUGACAAUGACCCAGACUACCAUGUUCACAUCAACACCUGUCUGGAUAACUAAAGAUUGAGUGACAGAGUACUUGUCUCAGUAACUGAUCUUGAAUCAUAACUCAAGACAUCCUAGCAACUCACACUAAGUCAUUUAAAUCUCAGGAAGAGCAACCGCAACCCUUCUCCUGAGAUGUGAAUGACUCAGUGUGAGUAAAGUGAUAACUUGAUGAACGACUCAACUACAGGGCUUAAACGAAGUUGAGUCAACGGAGGAGAAAAUGUCCUUUCUGUGAUAAUAUUUUCCAAAAAUAUUAGCAAAUUUUUGGAGAAUAUUCAUUCACAAGAUACUUUGAGACUGUUUCACUUUUGCACAUUGGUCCUUUAUGUUACAUUGAUGAUAACAUGGAGAUGAACUUUAUUGAAUGAUUCAUGUUGAAAACACUGUGAAGUUGUAAUACUUUCUUUGAAUUAGUAAUCUCCAUGUAGAUGUUCCAUUCAUGUAUAAGCCAUGCUUGCUAUGCCUAUUCAUUGCUAAAAAAUACCUUUGGUGGAUGUUUGUUAUCAUCAUAUAUCAUCAUUAUCUACAUGUGCCUGAUAACUUCCCAUUAAAAUGUGCAAAAGUUCAGGUAUAUUUCAGAACCUCAAGAUUAGUCGGUACAAUGUGUAAAAGUUAAGCUGAUGAAUACAGAAAAAAAUGUUCGCCUCAGGUGAAACAGAAAAAGCAUAUUGAAAAGAGAAAAAAAUUUUCAAAAAAGCUUUAAAGAAGUUAACUUGAAGUGGUGAGGAAAAGUUUGUCAUAAACUACAAUGUGUUCAAGUUAAAGCUGAGUUUAGUGUAUGAGUUGAUACACGAUCAAAAGGGGGAAUCAAAGGAAAACGUUUUUUAAGAAAACUUACAAUAAAGUUGUCAAGAAAAUUCUUCAUUCCGAAGGUCGUAAAGACAUUUUUCAAGAAUUCACAGCUUAUUUAUUACAUUAUUAGUUUAUUGCUUUAUUUUUCAAAUAUUGUACACACGUAAUUGUUUUCAUUCCAAGCAUGUUGAGUUGUUGCUGCUGUGCGGGGCAUUUCAAUGUGUUUGGAAUGAUAUUUACUUCUUUGAUGUUCUUAUUGACUAACUCAAAAAGAUUUUGCUUUGUUACUUGGUUUGAGAACUAAUGGUUGAGGGUUGUUUUUUAUGUCUACACGUUUUCAUUUCAGGUUUUGGAAAUGAUAACUUUGUAGUGAUUACUUUGAAUUUGUAAGUUUUUCUUGCGCAACGUUUUCGAAAGAGAUUGCGUCAUGAAGUGUCGGAGUGACUCUUAUUAUGAAGAUCUGUAGAGACGUAGAAAACUUGGUAAAGAAACUGUUAACUGUUGAGAAUACUCUUUAAGAAUUACGUAUUGUCACAGAAAAGCUGUAUAGGCAAUAAUAGCAUUAUAAGAUUCAGAUAGAUUUAGAUUGAUGUCGCAGAAAUGUGCAUCACCACUACUCCAAUAAUGUUUUUUGAAACCGUUACGAGUUGAUAGAGCUACUUUAUGAUAGAUAAGUGUGUAGGCUUAGGAUUCGUGUUUAGAGUCUUUUUUUUUUCAGAUGCCUUUUCUGGUGAGACAAAAUUUGACUUAGUUUUGGGCACAAAACGAUUUGGCAUGAAGAGUGAUGUAAGUUGCCGAAUGCGUUUCAGGUCAUGAGAAAUAUGAAAUAAGAAUUAUCAAGUAACUUGAAACAAAAGUACAAAAUUAUCGAAUAUUGCAUGUUUCACCAGGUAGGGCCUGAGUAUUAAUUAAUUAUAUCUGCUCUUAUUUCGUGAUAGUGACAGAAUACAACACGUAUUGUAAUGAAAGUGUUGCACAUGUAUUAAAUAGCAUCCUGUUUGGUAAACAGGUUAAUUAGCAUAAUGCAUAUUUCAUACGAAUAAAAAUGCUGAUGUUACGCAGAAACUUGAGAAAAUACUACAUGUAUUUGAAUUGGUGUACUCGGUGAUGAAACUGAGCAUGACGACUGAUAAGUAAGACACAAAAAUUAACAUACUGGAGCUAGACUGAGAGGAGGUUUGCGUGUAUGUCAUGUGAAAUCGAUCUUUUCCAGGGCACUCUUGUCGUCCUCCGAAGGACAACAGAAGGACGACCAGAGCAUCAUGGUCAAAACGUUGAGUUUACACUCGCCAGUUCUUCUCAGGACUACUAUUUUUACAGCAGAGAUCGAUUUCACAUGCUGUACCCACAAACCUUUUCUUAGUGAUUUAAAAAGAAAAGUUCAACAUUCAGUAAUAAACUAAGAUUUACCAAGCAGGAUAGUUGCACUGUUUGCUAUAUAACUGCUUGCUUUGUCAGAUAUGAUACGGCUUUAUUUACAGUAACCAAGUUUAUCAAUAUGUAUGUGUUUUUUUGCCGAUCGCUCAUCAUAAUCUCUGCCCCCAACCUCUAGAAACCAUUUUAACCUAAAUACUGAACAAAAAUGCUUUCAUACUGUGGUCAGUUUUCCUCGGAUCAAUGACCUUAUGACAAAUCAAGUUACACACUACAUGUUUUUCAUUUUUCAUGUGAAUAUUGAAAAAAGUGAGAUUUGAGUUUGCAACUGUUGGAAUACUUGCUGUAUAAAUGUCGACAUUUUACUCAGAUGUGUGCUUAAUUUUGAUUGUUGCAUCACACAGACUUUGUUGUUUUUUGUGUAGUUUGUUGUUUCGGCGUUAAAGGCGUAAUAAACACAAAAUGUUAGCAUU